AUGGCAGGCAACGGACAACAACAGCAACAAGCAGUGGCACCGGUGGCAGCGGCACCGGUGUUCGAACCUUUCCGGACAUUUGCGGCGUUUGUAGGCCAGGGCUUACAGCGGUGGCGAAUAGCAGCGGCGCGCCGAGUGGUCGACCAGCAUGGUUUGUCUGUGGCGGCCUAUCAACGCAACCCCACAGAUGCCCGCCAAUACGACCGAUUGCCGUACGACGAGUGGUAUCACGGAGACUACACCGGCCAGUAUCUGGUCACUUGUCAGGUGCUGAACCUGUUUUACGUGGGCCGCACCGCGCACAACCAUAACCUGUCGCUUAGCAUUAAUAAUGACGAUUUUCUAGCGUAUUGGGAAUUGAGGGCCCGGCGCCAGUUUGGCGCACACGUCUGUUUGGCCCGUAGCGGACGCGUCGAAAACAUAUACCUCGCUGUAGGGGCGACUGAAUUGAUUUGCAGACGGACGCCAAUCAGUCAGGUGUAUCCGACGGUCCGACGCCGGGAAGGCGGCUAUUGUGCCCCCAAUGCCGUACCCGCGGCGGUCAACGAACAGAUCUAUUCGUUCCAGAAUGCGGUGACGGGCGCUAUGGUUUAUGUUCGGGGCACUUAUCAGCUGACAGUAGGCCUCCGGUACAAUCACCUGCUGGGCGGUCGGGCGUACAACACCACACCUGCACACUUGGCCGGCGAACGGUAUUACAUACGGUACGAAAGGUACGUAAAACCGCACCGAUUCGGCCAGGUGUACGAAGUGACCGGUGCCGACGUGGCCAACAGUCUGGCCAAUGCGCGCGCAGAGACGAUGCGAAUUGGGAGCCCAAUGACUGAAUGCUUCGCCAUCUAUGUGUGCGCCGGCGCCAAACUGGUGGUCAUUGACGAGUACAACAACAGUAACCCUUUGGUCCAUAGUGCCCACAAUCGCACCCUGGUGCAACAAGGCGGAGUGGUGAUCGUGGAGGGUGCGCUAGAAUUGCGUCCGCCUACCACACUAGCCGCACAUCAUUUCAAUUGGACAGGCAUUGGCCAUAACAAUCAUCCGCUCGAUUGCGGACAUCUGGAUGUGGCCAUCAAUGUGGGACUCGUCGCACACCCGGUGCUAUUCCUGGCGCCCAAUGAGUCGGAGUACGGCUCCAUCGCGUGGGAAUUGACUUUGAUCCGCGGUAAUCACCGUGGUCAAUGGUACCCUGGCGACCCACAGGGUCGUCGCAGGACUUGCCUACUGACUGCGCCCGAAGGCGGCCGACUCGAGGCAUUGUUGGACUGGGAUGAGGGAGCGGUCGAGUUGGCCGCUCGUCACAGCUAUGAGCGUCUGUACGAGUCGUGCGUACAGAUGAACAACGAUCCGCAUCGUGUGUUUCACGAACAGACUUUCCAGUGCCCGCAAGAUGUAAACCUCAUGUGGCGAAUACUGACCAAUCGUAUGGUAGACAACGGCGAGACCGAAGGGCCCGACCGUACGGUCACCGUAGACAUCGACGCCGGUGUUGGCAAUACUUUUGCCAGAGAAAGACCCGCCGACCAACAGCGGUUGCCCGUACUCUACAACUGUCACCGUGUGGUCAAUUGGCGGCGAGACAAUGAGCGCAUGAGUUUGUUUCCACCGGUGCCGCCAUACUAUCCGGCCAUACAGUAUGCGGGCGCCGAAGAGAUUGGUUUCAACGUUCACAUCGGCAAACAGACUGUGGACUACAAGUACGACAAUCAAACCCAUCGCGUGGCACCCGAUCCUCUUCUGUACCGCAAGUUGGAUGACACGGCUUUCAAAUUGGCGCCGGACACCCGUUACAUGCCUAUCCACUACGGUUGGCGGCAACUCAUCGAUGCCAAAGUGGCGGACCUUUGCGAUGGUGUGAACGCAUACCUCGGCAUUGAUGGCUGGAUCUACAGCUACAAGCAUUUAACAGCUCACCUAGAUUACUUUGAAAAAAUUGGCGUAAAGGGUCCGAAACCGUUACCAAUUUUUGGUAAUCUAUUAGACUUGUUAUUCGCAUCGAAGGCAGUACUGGACGUCCGGCGGUUGGAACAGUUCGGCAAAAUUCACGGCAUAUACGUCGGCAACAAACCAUCCAUACAAGUGGCGGAACCGGAACUCAUUAAACAGAUUCUAAUCAAAGACUCCAAGGUAUUCAACACAAACGUGAAACCCUCCGAUGGCGGCCACCCUAUCAUCAAACACCUGCUCAUUAUGGCCAGAGGGGACACGUGGCGGCGCAUGCGCGCGGCCAUCACACCGGCGCUAACGGUGGGGCGCAUGCGUCAACACUACCCGCAAAUGCGCCAAUGCGUGAGCGAACAACUGUUGGACGUCAUGCAAACUCACGCCGACUCACGCCAGGCGUUGGAAAUUAAGCGCACGUUUGACUGUUUCUCGCUGUCCACUACAACCCGGUGCGCGUUCGGCGUACACACCGACCCCCGGAAAGAUCUCAGGCACCCAUUUGUGGCCAACGCCUGGACUCUGCAUGACGUGCCCGCGUGGAAAAUCUACGCGGUACAAAUAUUGACAUUUUUGCCUGGUAAAUUGUUGAACAUGCUCAAUCUUAACUCGCCCUAUGAUGAGCGCCGUAUCGCCAAUAUAUGCGAUACAGUGGUGGAUGUGAUGCGCGCCCGGGAGAGGUCGGCCGAUAAGGGCAGUGAUAUGAUCAGUAUGUUUAUGGACUGGAAAUUGGACCCGAAUGCAAAACAGCCCGAUGAUGAUAAUCAAGACGAAGACAACCAAAAAUCUGACGGCAAUUCAAACCAAACAAAUCUAACGGAUAAGGCUAUGACUGAAGCCGAGAUUAUAGCCCAGGGGUUCGGUAUAUACACCACUGGCUUCGAUCAGGUCUCCAAUCUAUUGACGUUUAUUGCGUACGAACUGGCGGUCAAACCCGAAGCUCAGGACCGACUGUACGAAGAGAUCGCCGGCGCCGUGGAUUCGGACGGCGAGAUCGGGUUCGACGCCCUCUCAAAACUUCCAUACCUGGAGGCUGUGAUCGAUGAGUCACUGCGGCUAAACUCUACCCCGUUUAAGGUGUUCCGUAUGCCCGGACACGACUACCCGCUCGGCGAUACCGGGAUUGUUGUGCCGGCGGGACAGGGAAUAGAGAUACCGGUAUUCGCAAUGCAUCAGUCGGGCGAGUUUUUCGACGACCCGGACAAAUUCAAUCCCGACCGGUUUUUGCCCGAAUAUCGUCACAAUAUAAAGCCGUUUACAUUCAUGCCGUUCAGCGCCGGCGCCCGCGUCUGUCCCGGAAAGGCGUUUGUCAUACUGGAGGCUAAGCUUGCGUUGGCUCACAUUGUACGCCGUUUCCGGUUAGGGAUACCCCGACAGCAAACAGUGCCACCUGUGCUCAAAACGCAUCCCUUUAUGAAAUCAUUGAACACUUUGUAUAUUUCGGUUGAAAACAGAGAACAGAGAUAA